AUGCUGGUAAAGAUAACCAAUGGGGUGUCAUUGUGCUCUGUGCUUCUAGGUCACUAUACUUCUCUUGCUCUUGCACGUCAGGCGACGUCCUAUGAUUCAGCGACUCAGCAUACCGCCAUCACCACCACCGCUCCAUCUUCACCAUCAGCCAGUGUCCAACCAACCCAGCUUUUCUCACAGAACAACCCAUUUCGGCUCAUUGUCCCUCCUUCCGAGCCUGUGUGCUGCUUGAUACCAGUGGAAGGCAAGGCACUGGCCUUGAGUUCUACGGAGAUCAGAACUACAGAUUAUCAUACGCCAACGGUUGUCGCACCUUUCUCUGAGGAGUCUACAGUGGCAUCCGAGACGACCAGCACUAUCCUGAUUCCGGUCGUCGAAACUGUGGGAGAGGCCAUUCCCGAGUUCUUUCCUAUUGAAGGGCGUUUUAACUAUGCUUCUGUGGACUGCACUGCUCGCGUGCAUUCUGCAGGCAAGAGCAUGAAAUCCGCGUCUUCAAUUUUAUCCUCAAAAAAAGAUAAAUAUAUGUUGGCACCUUGCUCGGCAAAAAAUAAGCAUAUCGUCGUCGAGCUAUGUGAUGAUAUACGAGUGGAUACAGUGCAACUGGCAAACUUCGAGUUCUUCUCCGGAGUGUUCAAGGAUAUCGCCAUAUAUCUAGGGCGAACCAACAAUCCACAUUCACCAAAGUUAAAUUGGGUCGGUGCAGGCGUAUUUCGUGCCAAGAAUGUCCGUGGUAUACAGACAUUUCGCCUUUACAACCUCCCAAAUACAUUUGAUCGCUACAUUCGGAUUGAAUUUCUCAGCCACUACGGCAAAGAAUACUUUUGCCCAGUGAGCCUACUCCGCGUCUAUGGGCUGACACAGAUGGAGGAUUGGAGGAUAGAGGAAUGGAAGCAAGAAUGGCAAGCACGACGUCCCGCCGGACUUACAAUAUCUAGCGCAGAUGAGGAAGAUUCUCUGAUAUCACGCCCACCAACAGAAGAAUCGACUCAUCAUAGGCAUCAGAAAGGCGAGGGUAUUUCGGUUGAGACAUCUAUCAUCCGGUUCGAAUCUGCGAACCAACGACUCGGCCUUCGCAAUUCCCGCAACUCGUCUGUGGAUAGCCGUAACCCAGUGCACUCUAACAUCACUGAGACUCUUAAUUCGUCGUCCAAUAGCGCAGAAGAUCACAAACCAACUGCGACUGAUUCGAAUAUGAAGAGUGGGAGUGUAAGGCCAUCUAAAUCUAAAACUCAAGAGUCGGCGUCUCCAACAUCUCCUAUGCUCAAAGCCACACAAAUCGCCACACCAAUACCAUCGACUGGUGGGGAGUCUAUAUACCGCACUAUUUGGAAUCGUCUAGAAAUGCUCGAGCGAGGUAGCACGCUUAGCUUGCGUUAUGUCGAGGAGCAAAACCAAUCGGUUCGACAAGCACUCCGUCGUCUCGAGGAGGAAGUGGGAAGAUUGAGAGCACUUACCAAUCGAGAACAACAAGAGUUGCAGCGUUCUAUGAGAAGUGUCCAACAGAAGCAGAUGGAAAUGGAAAAACGAUGGAACACACUUUUGGAGCAAGUGAAUGCGUUGGCAGAAGAGGUAUUGAGCAUGUUUAUUCUUCAGAACAUCCAAUUUGCUUAUCUCAGCUUGGCUAGGUCGUUCUUGAAAAAAGACUUGGCAUUGCGCAGUUAUGUCUUUUGA